AUGGAGAAUCCUCAGAGUCAGAGUAGAAACAAGAAAAAGAGGCUAACACAAGAGCAAGUUAGACAGCUGGAGAAAUGCUUCACGUUGAACAAUAAACUUGAGCCAGAACUCAAGCUUCAACUUUCCAACACGCUAGGUCUACCUCAGAGACAAGUCGCAGUCUGGUUCCAGAACAAGCGAGCAAGGUCCAAGACCCAGUCUCUUGAGCUCCAAUACUGCAAUCUCCAAUCCAAGCUUGAAGCAGUUCUCUCCGAUAAGGCAAAGUUAGAAUAUCAAGUACAGUUUCUCCAAGAUGAGUUGAAGAGGUCUAGAAAUCAGCUUGCUCUGUUCAUGCAUCAUGAUUCUCCUGUGGAUAAUUCUAAUCUUCGCUCUUGUGAAGAAGAUCAUGAUGAUCAAGUAGUGGUCUUUGACGAGCUUUAUGAUUGUUUCGUUACCAAUGGACAUGGAUCUUCAUCAACCUCAUGGGUCUGA